AUGGAGCAGCCCAUUUUCAUCUGUUUCACUCCUGCUAGGAGGAUGGUAUGGGAGGAACUGUCCUCUCAAAAUGAACAGGUAACCAUUCAUAGGCAGGUACCUCAGAUGUUUCCUUAACCUUUCAACACAGACCUGUGUAGUGUCUCAGAAUCUAUCAUGCAGUAGCCUCCUCUUGUGAUCCUCCCUAUAGCAGUCUGUCAGACCUAUAGGCUACCUGUCUAUCAUUCAAACUGACUUUUAAUUUGAUCCUGUCUUGUUCCUUAGUAUGUGGAUGAGGAGGUUGGGCAGCGGACCUGUCUGGCUUUAAUCCCUUGGUCUGGUCCUCUGUGGGUUCCCAGCUCUGUAAGUCCAUCCAUUCUGAUACUCUUUGGUCUUUAGACUGGUUUAUGUAACUUAAACAUAAACAUGAUGCUUUCUGUAGAACAAUAUGAAAAUACAUUUCUGUAAACAUAUUCCCUAUUUUUGUAAUAGUCUGUAACACUGCAGCCAACUUAUUACCUUACCCAUGCUGGACGGAUGCUGGUGAGAGAGCUGGCAGUGUUAAACACACAGGUAACCAUGCAGAUUAUUGGACAAAGCUCAUUUUAUCUAAUUGGCAGGAUUACCUUCAGUAUCUACUAUGGUAGUGGGAUACUUUGAUGCCCUUAAAACAGUUCCCUCAUUUUCUUACAGAUUUGCAAGAUUGAGCAGCACAUUUUCAUCUCUCGUGCUGGCAUGAUGGUAUUGGAUGAACUGUCCUCUCAGCUUGAAGAGGUAGCCAUUCAUCUGCAGGUACUUCAGACAUGUUCUUAACAUUUAUAUCUCAGACCUGUGUAUUUCAACUAUUAUCAUUGCAGUGGCCUCCUCUUGCAAUCUUCCCUAUGCCAAUAUUUUACUCCUAUACAGUACCAGUCUAUCAUUCAAACUGACUCUUAAAUUGAUCCUGUCUUGUUCCUUAGUACGUGGAUGAGGAGGUUCGGCAGCAGCCCUGUCUGGCUUUAAUCCCUUGGUCUGGACCUCUGUGGGUUUCAAACGCUGUAAGUCCAUCCAUUCUGAUACUCUCUGGUCUUUAGGGGGGCUUAAACAUAAACAUAACUUUUUCUAAAAGAAACUUCUGGAAAUACAUUUCUGUAAACAUAUUCCCUUUUUUUAUAGCCUGUCAAACUGCAGCCAAUUUAUUAUCUUACCCACGCUGGGAGGAUGCUGGUGAGAGAGAUGGCAAUGUUAAACACACAGGUAACCAUUCAGAUUAUUAACCAUUACUCAUCUGAUCUAAUAGGGAUAAUUACCUUCAGUAUCCACUAGUAGAAUACUUUGAUAUCUUUAAAGCUGUUCCCUCAUUUUCUCAGAUUUUCACAAUGGAGCAGCCCAUUAUCAUCAGUUUCACUCCUGCUAGGAGGAUGGUAUGGGAGGAACUGUCCUCUCAAAAUGAACAGGUAACCAUUCAUAGGCAGGUACCUCAGAUGUUUCCUUAACCUUUGAACACAGACAUGUGUAUUUCAACUGCCAAUUGUCUUAGAAUCUAUCAUGCAGUGGCCUCCUCUUGCGAUCCUCCCUAUUCCAGUCUGUCAGUCCUAUAGGCUACCUGUCUAUCAUUCAAACUGACUCUUAAUUUAAUCCUGUCUUGUUCCUUAGUAUGUGGAUGAGGAGGUUGGGCACCGGUCCUGUCUGGCUUUAAUCCCUUGGUCUGGACCCUUGUGUGUUCCUAUCUUUGUGAGUCUAUCCAUUCUGAUACUCUCUGGUCUUUAGAGGAUAUUAAAGAUUAACAUCAAGUCACUAGUUUUCUAUAAAACCACAUAAUGAAAAAACAUAUUCCCUUGUCUUCAUAGCCUGUCUUCUCCAAGGCCAAACCAGUCUACUACCUCACUCGUGCUGGGAGAAUGCUGGUAACAGAGCUUGCAGUGUUAAACACACAGGUAACCAAACACAAUAUUAACCAAAGCUCAUCUGAUCUUAUAGGGAGAAUUUACUUUACCCUGUUCCCUUUUUUUUCCACAGACUUCCAAAUUGGUUAUUGAGGAGCCUACCAUUCACCUCACUGAAGCUGGGAGGCUAGUGCUUGACGAACUGUCAGCACCUUCAGAUAGCCAUUCACAGGUAGUCAAUCACAUUAUUAGACAGUCAUAGCUGAUUAGUAAUAGUACACAUUACCAUGUCCUCUAUCUCCACAAUUGUGUGUCUUAUUAAUCACAGAGCAAUCUCUAUAAUUAGGGGAUGUCUUUGUUUUUCAGCCAAAUAGGGAACGUAAUUGGAUUUAGGUUGGAUUUAGGUUAAAAGACGAAAUUCCCUUACGUUGAUGACUUCUUUCAAAUCCAAUCAGUUUCCCACUUUGAUUCAACAUCAUCACAUUGACAUUUUUUAUUGAUACAACAUUGAUUCAACCAGUUCUUGCACAGUGGGUUACCUUUAGGCAACAGUGAUUCAUAGGGUUUAGUUGAAAAGUUUCAACGUCAUACUAGCCAAACAAUCGGAGGCCCUUUGAAUUACAGACCUGAAUCUUUGAGUUUAUGAUCUAAGUUUUAAGGAAUUUUAUGAUUGUUUUGUUUUGAGGAUGUGAGGCAGUUUCAGCAGGCCUACGACCUACUGGUGAACUUCAUUAAUGAGCCAGCAAACAGGGAGCGACUAGAGCAGGAGAUGGCUCUCGUAGGAGUAGGUCUACAUGCAAGCUUGAGCGUUAGCUGCAGGCACCGUCUUCUCAUCUAACAUCUACUCAAUGAGACUUUCUAAAGUGCUUGUCAAUGAAGAUUAUGUAAUUAUCCUAUUUGUUUGACUUCAGAUCGACCGCAUCAACUUCGCAGAUGUUUUUUAUGAAUUCGUUCUACUAGGCCUUCUAGAAGGAAAGACAUCUCUUCCUAUAUCUGUAAGUGGCCUUAAGAAUGGAACAUCCUGUUGUUUAUCUAUGCUAUACACACUGUUGUCAUAUCAGCUCUGUAGACACUCACUCAUGUCCCCUGUUCCUUCUCCAGAAGCCUGGUAGCUUCCUUUAUCUGCUCCUGCAAGUCAUAAUGAGGAUUGACCCUCCUGGAGGAGCCUGGACAGAGGCUGCUGAGAACUUCUACCUCCUCGUUAAGGUACAUUUCUCUCUCUCUCUCUCUCUCUCUCUCUCUCUCUCUCUCCUCUCUCUCUCUCUCUCUCUCUCUCUCUCUCUCAUAGUUGAUGAUGUGUCUGUUGUCAACAGGGCCAGAUGAAGGCAUGGCUAGAAUCCAUCUUCAACCUCAAUGAGUCAAUCUAUGAAAGCCCAGAGAGGCUCUCGGGGGAGGUGAUGAGGAAUCUAGAAAUACAGGUUGAGUUCCUGCUGUCCAGCCUGGAUUAAGGUUCCCAAACUGAGCUGAGGGCCCCAUCACAAAAUAAAGUGUUUUGCAUUUAAACAUUAUCUGUCAAUCGUAAACAAAUGUUACAUCAUGUGUAGGGGAGAGUGGGGUAAGUUG